AUGUUUGAUUCCGAACACAACGACUCUAAUAAUUGUCCAACCGCCACUGCCACUGGUGAUUCCGGCCAGCCCAAGGUCACCACGCUCAACAGUUCAAAAAUAGAUUUUCAUCCAUCCCUUGUCGUCUCCAAUAUUAGGAAUCCAAAUCCUAUUAUUCUUGAGAUGGAAAAAGAUCAAUAUGGAACUUGGGUCGAGCUUUUCCGCAUUCAUGCUCGCUCAUAUCGAGUCCUACAUCACAUCAUUCUAUCUACAAGAAAAGCUCUCAUGCUGUCGUGCACACCACUUAGAAGUGACCUUCUGAAGACACCUCUCAGCGUGGCAACCGCCGCUCUGGUAACCGUUCUCACUCUCGUGGCAACCAGGGCCGCGGAAGGGGUGUGGUAA